AUGUUCUGCCUCGAUUGCCCCAACGGCGGCGCCUUCUGCUUCUACUGCCGCUCCUCCCGCCACCACGACCACGCCGUCAUCCAAAUCAGGCGGUCGUCGUAUCACGACGUGGUGAGGGUGGCUGAGGUGGAGAGCCUGCUGGACACCGGUGGGGUCCAGACGUACGUCAUCAACAGUGCGAAGGUUGUGUUCCUGAACGAGCGGCCGCUGCCGAAGAACGGCGGCGCGGGGAGUGGGGCUGGCGGCGGCGGCGGCGGUGGGAGCAGUAGUAGUGGGAAAGGCGUUACGCAUUUGUGUGAGAUUUGUGGGAGGAGCCUGCUGGAUCCGUGUCGUUUCUGCUCUUUGGGGUGUAAGGUAAUUUAA